AUGUCUCCAAGAUACCCCAGCGACGAUGUUGAUGUUUCGCCCCUUGGGGCACCUAUGCAGUUCGAAUUCAGUGGCCGUCAGGCAUCGAACCGCUUUUUGAAGGCGUCUCUGUCGGAAAGAAUGGCCUCUUGGUCUCCGACUGAUCUCGCUGCCCGUGGUAUUCCCAGCAAAAAGUUGAUCAAUCUUUACCGCCGAUGGGGCGAAGGUCAAUUUGGUGUCAUACUCACCGCGAACAUCAUGAUCGCAUACGACCAGCUGGAGGCCCCCGGAAAUAUGAUCAUCGACCUUGAGAACCCAUUCAGCGGUGAGCGAUUUGAGGCAUUCAAGCAAUUGGCCACCGAAGCCAAGAAGCACGGAAGCUUGAUCAUCGGCCAAGUCAGCCAUCCCGGUCGUCAGACAUCCGAGCGGGUGCAGCCCAACCCCGUGUCUGCCAGUGAUGUUCAGCUAGUCAUGGAAAGAUUCGGCAAAUUCGGCAAGCCCCAUCCCGCUAGCGAGCAGGAGAUCCAGGAGAUCAUUCAGCGUUUUGUCCACACCGCCGUGUAUUUGCAGAAGGCCGGUUAUGAUGGUAUUGAGCUGCACUCUGCCCACGGUUAUCUUUUGGCGCAGUUCCUGUCUCAGACAACCAACAAGAGAACCGACAAGUACGGCGGCAGCCUCGCCAACCGUGCCCGCCUCAUUGUCGAAGUCGCCGAUGCCAUUCGCCAAGCACUGCCAGAGCCCGGUUUCGUCAUCGGUAUUAAGGUCAACUCGGUUGAGUUCCAGGAGCACGGAUUCACCCCGGAAGAGUCCAAGGAGCUGUGUGAGAUUCUCGACCAGUCCAAGUUUGACUUUGUCGAGCUGUCUGGUGGAACGUACCAGUCGGGUGCCUUCCAACAUAAGCGCGAGUCAUCGCAAAAGCGCGAGUCCUUCUUCUUGGAAUUCGCGGACCUGAUUGCUCCCGCUCUCAAGCGCACGCGCAGCUAUGUGACCGGAGGAUUCUGCACAGCCUCCGGAAUGGUCCGAGCUCUCGAUACUGUCGAUGGCGUUGGUCUCGGGCGCUCCAUCACCCAGGAGCCUCACUUGCCGAGAGACUUGCUUGCAGGAACCGUCAAGGGAGCCAUUCAGCAGAAAAUUGAUCCCCAGGACUUUUUCAAGACUAGCCCUGCGGCUGGUGCACACAUGUUGCAGAUUGCGCACGACCAGGAGCCUAUUGACUUGAGUGACGACAAGAACAUGGAAAUCUUCAUGAAGACCGUUGGUGAAUGGUAUCACGCUAUGCAAACCGACAGCACUGGAAGCCUGUACGAAUACCCCCAGAUGCCUGAAGGGCAGUCAUUCCAGAGUCACCUUUGA